UUUCUUCCUCUUUUGAAUUUGUUCUUAAAAAACAAAAAAAUCAGAUUUUCAGAAUUUUGUUUGAUUCUCUAAUGGAACGAUGGAGUGGCAUUUUGAAGGUUCCACUGUACCCAAAUAGCAAGAGUUUUUAUAGAGUCGGGGCAUCUCUGUGCCUCUCUUCUUCUUCCAAAACCCUAACUGUGCCUUCUGCAAAUGCAGUAUUAUUUCAUNUUGUGUUUUUUGCAACCUNGAAAGGACUCCGUUUCGUCCUUCAUGGAACUCCUAGGCAAUGGUGUGAUGGCAGGCGAGCUUGGAUUCGUAAUGAGAAGGAUAAAUUGGUUCAUCUGCUUGAACAGGAAUCUCAGAAGAAUGGUGGGAUUUUACAGGUGUGUGAGAGAUUUUAUUUUGCUGAUAGACCUCCUGAUAUGCAGAUGCAUUUCGAAAUUAUCGAGAAUCUGAAUGUUAAUUGAGUGUUGUAAUAUGAAUUUGUUGUAGCUGAUGCAUUAUAUAUUAAUACUCUCAAUAGAAACUUACAUAUGUAUAAUUAACUUGAUCCCAUUUUGUAUAGCAUAUGAUUUUAUCUUGAGUAAUGUUACGCCAACAACACAUUCUUACAAUCUUCUCUUACAACCCUAAUAUGUCAACAGAUUAGUGCUGUCACGUCAGCUCCCACCACACUCAAGGCAC